AUCUUUGUAAUCUACUUCCUCUGUUUUCUUUAAGAUUCUUUGAUUUUGGUUCACUAAAACCGAAGAAGACCGGUUUAUUAUCUAAACCGGAAAUGCCACCGUCGAUAUUUCCUCUCCGGUGGGAAAGUACCGGCGACCAGUGGUGGUACGCUUCACCAAUCGAUUGCGCCGCCGCAAAUGGUUUGUACGACGUCGUCAUCGAGCUGCUUCACCAAGACACAAACCUCCUCGUCAAACUCACCUCCCUCCGCCGUAUCCGCCGCCUCGAAACCGUCUGGGACGACGGAGACGGGAAUAACUGCCACGUGGCUCUAAACCGUUCCCGCGUAGCGAGGAGGCUAUUGGAAGAGUGCGAAAUUGGAAACGGAGACAAUUCCCUCAUCAGAGCUGGCUACGGUGGCUGGCUUCUCUACACCGCCGCUUCCGCCGGUGAUUUAGAAUUCGUGAAAAAGCUUCUAGAGAGAGAUCCACUUCUCGUGUUCGGAGAAGGAGAAUACGGCGUCACUGAUAUCCUCUACGCGGCGGCUCGUGGUCGAAACGACGACGUUUUCCGCCUUCUUCUCGAUUUCGCAUUGUUGCCGGCUGAUAUCGCCGGCGUCGAAGAAACCGACGGGAAAAAAUUAACAGAGAAGCAGUUAAUAGUAAAAGAGGAGAUGGUUAAAAGAGGGGUCCACAGUGCCGCGAGAGGCGGACACGUGGCAAUCCUCGAUGAACUCUUACUCUCUUGCAAAUACGACGCCGUUUCAAAACUCAGAGAUGCUUAUGGUUCUACUCUUUUACAUUCUGCUUCUAGCAGAGCUCAAAUCCAAGUGGUGAAGUAUCUUAUAUCGAAGUAUAAUUCGAUAAUGGAAGUUAAAGACAGCCAUGGAAACACAGCUUUGCAUAUAGCUGCUUACAAGGGUCAUUUAGACGUAGUGGAAGCUCUUAUAAACGAAUUUCCACCGUUGAUUUCUGUUGUUAAUGGAGAUGGUGACACGUUUCUUCACACGGUCGUGUCUGGUUUUGCUGCGUCUGGGUUUAAGCGGUUAGACCGGCAGAUGGAGCUUCUGAAGAUGUUAGUCUCAGGAGGAGGAAGAAACUUGUCCGUUGACUUUUCUCAGAUUGUCAACGUUAGAAAUUGUAACGGAAGAACUGUGAUUCAUUUAGCUGUGAUGGAUAAUCUUAACGCCGUUAGACCUGACGUCGUUGAGAUUCUGAUGAGAAUCCCUGGCGUUGAUCUUAACGUUGUUGAUUCUUAUGGAAUGACUGCCGUUGAUUUGCUUAAACGUCAAACGCCGAAAACAGUGGUUUCUGAAUUGUUGAUUAAACGGCUUGUAUCGGCCGGUGGGAGAUCAAACUGCGGUGAAAACGUUUCGCGGUUGAGAGAAGAGCGUUAUGGAUUCUGCGGUAGUCCAGGAACUUCGUUUGAGAUAUCUGAUUCUGAGAUUUUUCUCUUCACGGCGGCGAGAACAGAUCAAACCGCAGCAAACGCUGAAUUAAGUCCAGACAGAGAGAGUUUUGACGGAAUCAGUGAGUGUUCGACUGAAAUCUCGACGCAUUCUAAACGCAAACGCCGCGGUGGUGGCGGUACAGGAGCGCGUCUUAAGCUUCUUUUACGGUGGGCGAAGAGGCAAGAAUCGGAGGAGAAUCGCCGUUUCUCCGGAGAUAACAACAAUCGUCGUGUUCCUCUCAGAGAGAUGUAUUCGCCGUCGUCUUGUAACAAAGGAAAAGCGUUUCCGAUGAGAACAGAGAGUGGUGAUCUCCCGAGUUUAUCGGUGAGGCUGAAAUUCACACAAGGGUUAAUGAAAGGAGUCGUGGUUCAGGAAUCUCCGAGGUUCUUGUUUUCGCCUCCCGCGGUAUCCGAUUACUCUCGAGCUCCGUCGUCGGCUUGUUCUUCGCCGUUUCAGACGGUUUCUUCGGAAUUAGGGAGAAGAACUCCUGCGAUGAAGAAACAGGGAUCAUUUAUGAACAGAUACUUGUGUUUUGGUGGUAAAGGAUUAGCCAUUGAUGGUUCUUCUGAGAUGGUCAGUAAUGGCUCUGGUCAUCGUCUUCGUCCCCAGAGUUUCAAACGAGUGAUAUCUUUGGUUUCUUCUUGAAAUAUACAUAGUUUUCUUUU